CGACAGACUCCUCGACCUUCGUGUGAGAUAGAAGCGUGUGUUGAGAAGAACGAUCGCCGAGACCAAGAUGAACCCAGCAUUCGAAAAAGUAAUUGUCGUCGGAGCAGGGCCCUCAGGACUGCUCUUGUCCUUGCUGCUCAUCCGAGCGGGCAUAAAAGUACAUCUUUUGGAUGCUGCACCCACGCUGGACGACCAACCACGCGCAGCACAUUAUGGACCUCCGGCCAUUCCGGAACUUCGACGAGCAGGCAUCUUGGACAAGAUCAAGUCGCAAGGGAUGACACUCAAUACAAUGUGUUGGAGAAAGUUGGACCAAACAUACAUCGCCGGAAUGGAUACCAGCGAAACACUCUCGAACGAUCCCGAGUAUGGUGACGUGAGGACAGUCAGCUUAGCCCUGCAGACAUUGGAUGCUCUGAUGCUGGAAGAGUUCGAAAAGGAGGGCGGCCAGGUCAGCUGGGAGCAUCGUGUAUUGGACGUCGAGCAAGAUGAUUCGAAAGUAUCCAUAAAAGUCCAAACGCCAGACGAGAACGAGAAGACGAUCGAAGCCGAUUAUGUUGUGGGGUGUGACGGCGCAAAUAGUGUUGUCAGGAAGAGCCUGUUUGGUGAAGACUUCCCUGGAUUUACCUGGAACCAGAAGCAGAUUGUCGCGACGAACACUUACUACGACUUCCGGAAGUUUGGCUACCAUGAUGCGAACUUUAUCAUUCAUCCCGAACAUCUUUACAUGGCGGCUAUCAUCGAUAACAAAGGAUUGUGGCGGGUGACAUAUGGUGAAGAGCCUGGCUUGACACGUGAACAGUUGCUAGAACGACAACCGAAGAAGUUUGAGACCAUCUUGCCAGGCAACCCAAAGCCAGGCGAUUAUGAGUUGGUGAACUUCUCGCCAUAUCGAAUGCAUCAGAGAGUAGCCGAUAAAUUCAGAGUCGGAAGAGUUAUGUUGGCAGCGGAUGCGGCGCAUCUUUGCAAUCCUUUUGGCGGUCUCGGAAUUACUGGCGGCUUUGUGGAUGUUGGCUGUUUGUACGACUGUUUGUAUGGCAUAUGGACGCAUCAAGCCGACGAAUCUAUCCUGGACCUAUACUCGGAAGUGCGGCGACAAAAAUACAAGGAGAUCAUUGAUCCUAUCUCGACGGAGAACUUCAAGCGUGUUUUCGAUCAGGAUCCGGAAGUCGCGAAGGAGAAAGACCACUUUCUGGUGUUGUGCAAUAAGGCAGCCGAGGACAAGGACUUUGCUCGGCAGAUGCACAUGGCAUCUUUUGGUAUUCGUCAUGAUUUUACACAAUACUAUCGCAAGGAUAGGGGCAAGGGGAAAGGGCCUUUGAUUGUCGAUGACGCAAAAUCAGACUUCAGUGUCGAGCAUAUUGAGGAAAUCGCGCCCACUGGAGCAGACUGAGCGGCUUGCAGUCGUUCUUUUACAAGAGUGAUUUCAGAUAGAGGACAAAGGACUCAGAGCUCGAAGAACCAAACGAAUGUAUUACGUGCUUAACAAGCUCUGCGUGAUCAUAUCU